AUGACCAAAGACGAAAAACCAGUUAUCAACUCUGACGGUGUUGCAAGACAUCGAUCUAGUAGUAAUGCCAGUAUCAGUACAAUCUCAUCUAAUGCAGAAAGAAGCUCAUUACCGUCACUCUCGAGAACUCCGAGUGUGAACAGUCAUAUCUCAAGAAAUGAUCUGACUAUCGACGUGGAACUUUCAAGGAAAAGAAAAGAAAGAGAUGGCGAAGAACUUCAUUCACCAGGUACACCACAUUCAUACGCUUCUUCAACUUCUUUCUUAAUGACACCUCAAUUCGGUCCAACCGAACUAUCACCACAACAUAAAAGGAGAUCAUCCAUUAUUGAACACUUAGCUUUGAAAGAAGAAGACAAAGAUUUCAAAUUGACUUCUUUAGGUUUAUCGUCCAAAGAUUCUGAAGAUGAUGAUAACCCUUUACUCUCAUGGUAUAAAAACUCUUAUGAUUACCCUAUACCUGUUCAAGAACCAAUCACUGUCUUCCCAGUGCAAUAUCAAAUAUAUCAACAACCCAAUGCGAACGCAAACCAAAACGUAAACACAAAUACAAACGGGACAAAUCAACAACAACAACAUCAAACGGGAAUCGAAACUCCUGCACUUGGUCAGCAAACCAAUAGUAUUCCUUUAGAUCCAACAUUAUCCUCUAUUAGAUCAUCUGCAACGCAAACAAACAAUGGCGGCCAAUCAACCAUUGAUUCUCACUUAGCUCCAGAAUUACGAGCUCCCGAAUUGAGGUUCACGGAUGCCGACACCCUCGCUUCAGCCACCGCAUCACCUGCAAAGCAAGAAACGGGCGGUCCAAGCGAUGCUAGUACUCAAGCUGCUAUAGCUGCAACACUCUCAGCCGAGGAUGCCGCCGCCCUACUGGCUCCUCCUAGUGAUGGUGAUGGAUCAAUGAGAAAGGAUCAACCUUUCUCUCGAUCACCAGAAUUGAGAGUCAGUCAUAAGCUUGCAGAAAGAAAGAGGAGAAAGGAAAUGAAAGAGUUGUUUGAUGAAUUGAGAGAUGAAUUACCUAGUGAUAGAGGUAUGAAAGCUUCCAAAUGGGAGAUUCUGAGCAAGGCUAUCGAUCACAUUCGUCAGUUGAAGACAAAUCAAGAUCAAAUGUUACGAGAGAUCGAUCAUCUUCGACGAGAAGUUGAUAUCGCCAGAGGUGGAACUGGAGCUUAUACACAUGCCUAUCCCACAUACAAUAUCGCGGGAUCGUAUCCUCCUCAAACUAACUAUACCAACACUGUCACGACAGCCGGUCAACCUAAUCAGACUUCAACCCAGACUCAAGCUCAAGGUCAAACUCAACCGAACCAACAGACUCAACAAGCUCAACCCCAAGCUCAACAAACACAACAGCCUCAACAGCAAACACAGCAGGUACAACAAGUACAGGCUCAGCCUAAUGUCCAACAACAAGUCCCCACAGGCCAGAUUCCAGAUGCAACACAGGCCACUACCGGGACCGUGUAA